GGCAGUGAAGCGACUGGACGAAGCCCGGUGGUUUAAGGAGGUCCCCGAAGCCACACGGACAUCCCAGAAACAAGAGCUUCACAAAUCUUUAAGGUCCCUGAAUAACUUCUGCAGCCAAAUUGGGGAUGACCGUCCUAUUUCCUUUUGUCACUUCAGUUCCAACUCCAAAUUCUUGGCCACAGCUUGUUGGAGCGGGCUCUGUAAGAUAUGGUCGGUGCCGGAUUGCAAUCUCGUCCUCACUUUGCGAGGGCAUAACACCAACGUCGGCGCCAUCGUCUUCCACCCCAAAGCCACCAUCUCAUUGGACAAGAAGGACGUCAAUCUGGCGUCUUGCGGCGCCGAUGGCUCCGUCAAGCUCUGGAGUCUGGAAAGCGAUGAACCAGUGGCUGAUAUAGAAGGCCACACAGUGAGAGUGGCCCGGGUCACAUGGCAUCCCUCUGGCAGAUUUUUGGGCACCACAUGCUAUGACCACUCCUGGCGUUUGUGGGACCUCGAGGCCCAGGAGGAGAUUCUCCACCAGGAAGGGCACAGCAAAGGGGUCUACGACAUCGCCUUCCAUGGCGAUGGCUCCUUAGCCGGCACCGGUGGUCUGGAUGCGUUUGGCCGCGUCUGGGACUUGCGCACCGGAAGGUGCAUUAUGUUCUUGGAAGGUCAUCUCAAAGAGAUCUACGGGGUCAGCUUUUCCCCGAACGGGUACCACAUCGCCACUGGCAGUGGAGACAACACCUGUAAAGUUUGGGACCUUCGCCAAAGGAGGUGCAUUUACACCAUCCCCGCCCAUCAGAACCUGAUCACCGGAGUGAAAUUCGAACCGAAUCACGGCAACUUCCUGCUGACUGGGGCCUACGACAACACGGCCAAGGUGUGGACCCACCCAGGCUGGUCUCCCUUGAAGACCUUGGCUGGACACGAGGGCAAAGUCAUGGGCUUGGACAUCUCCAUGGACGGGCAACUGAUUGCCACCUGCUCCUACGACCGGACCUUCAAGCUCUGGAUGGCAGAAUAAGCAGGGUAUUUCCACCCAUCCGAAACCUUCUCCUCGCCACCUGGGGGAUUUACCUGGGUUUUAUGUCAGGGGGAGAUCCGAUCACAACUGGCCUUGCAGAGUCCAUCCUCUUCCUCCUCCUCCUUCUGUUAUGCCGGCCAGCCCAGGUGAUAAAAGGUUGCAAACCACCCCCCUGCUUUUGCUGGCCUUGGACGGACACACUUCUGGGAGAUCGGAGAGUCCCCCUCAAAUAGGUGGUCUUUGGACCUCUCAGUUUGGGACCGGAAUCGUUUUCUCUGUUGGGCAGAGACUUUUUUAAAAAAUCAGAAAAAAAAUAAGUGUAUUAAAAUGAAGUGGCUGCUUCUGUUUCAAAGCCUCCACCGGU